AUGAGCGCGGUGCCCGAAAAGGUGCUCAACUGGCUGUACAGCGUCCUCACCAGCGAGUACUCGCACGUCCAGCGUACAUACAACGACGCAGCCGAGGUGCUCUCGAGGAAUGACCAUGGCAACCCAUUUCACCUCUGGCUGCAACUCGGGACCGAAGACGAUUCACUGACAUAUGUACAACCAGCGUAUGAAAAUGGAGCUUCGGCGCUGCUGCUGCUCCUCAGCGGCACCCUGCCCGUCACCUUUCGCGGCGCAACCUAUGGCUUCCCGAUGGCUAUAUGGGUCCCCUAUGGUUAUCCGCGAGAAGCGCCGAUGGUAUACAUGACGCCCUCGCAAGACAUGGUCGUGAGGCCCGGGCAGCAUGUGGGCGGCGACGGUAGAGUGUACCACCCAUACCUCGCGCAAUGGGCGCAAUACUGGGAUGUAAGUUGGAAUCAUUCCUUUGAUAGCCUACCAGACUCUGUGACCAACCCACCGACUGACCAACCUUACACGCAGAAGUCUACGCUGUUCGACUUGCUGGCAGUCCUGCGCGGUGUCUUUGCAAAAGAGCCGCCUGUGCGAUCGAAGCAACCAAUCGUGCAUUCUCCCUCACCAGUGAUUCCCCCUCCCCCUCCUCCAAAGCCCCCAAAACCAGGCGACCAGGACCAGAAUCGAGCGACACCCCAACCAUCGCAUCAUCGUUACUCACAGCCUCCUCCUUUACCUCCACCGCGGCCACCUCUAUCGCCUUCGCCCCAACACCCACACGCACAAUCGUCACAACAGCAGCAGCAACAACAACCAUACCAGCUGCAAAGGAACAGCUAUGGGUAUAAUCCCCAGAGCAGCCAAGGCAAUCCCGACAUCAGCCCGCCAACGCCCAUACCAUCAAGACAACCCCGACCGCAGGCACAGGCACAGGCGCAGAGCUAUGCGACGGCCCAACCAUCAUAUGACAUGCCAAGUCCAGUCAGCCCCGUGACACCUGAUGGUUCAUGGUCAAUAUCACGCUACUCGCACACAGGGCCGCCUCAAUCGCAUCAACAUGCUCUCCAAUCACAGCAGUAUCAAGGACCCCCACCGCCGCAAUCCCAUCCAUUCUCGGCUCCUCACACAGGGCCCCAACAGCAAUAUCCUCAACAGCCACCCCACGGCUACCCGCCACAAUCACACCUACAGUAUCCGCACCAACAACAGCCACAGCAACAACUCCGCCCGCCUCACCAGGCCACACCCGCCGCAAAGCCUCCAGUCAAUCUGCUGGACGACUCUCUCCAAGUCACACUCCCCUCUCAGUCCAACAAUCACCUACCCGUUCCCGUCCCACCCGUUCCUCCUAAUCCCGAAAAAGACGCUCUCCUCCGUGCCCUCAGUCAAACUCUCGUCGCACAGAUCCGCCAAACAGUGUCGUCGAAUCAGUCCGCCAUCGGCCCACUGCAAGCCCAACAGCAAGCUCUACAGACUGCACAUGCGCGUCUCCAAGCAGAGCUGGGAGAGCUUCAGCAGUUGGACUCGGCCUUGGCAAGCAACGAGCAGGUGCUGAAAGGGGCCAUGGUAGAAGCAGACCGUGUCAUGGAAGAUGCAAGAAGGCGCCAGGCGCCCGAUGUUGACGAUGUACUGGUUGCCCCAACGCUUGUGGGCGGACAAUUGUACACUCUUGCGGCUGAGGAGAAGGGCAUUGCGGAUGCCCUUUUUAUUCUGGGUAGGGCCUUGGACAAGGGGAGGGUGGGAGCCGAAGUUUUUGCAAAGCAAACGAGAAGCCUAGCCAGAGAGCAGUUCUUGAAGAAAGCGCUUAUCAAGAAGAUAGCGAGAGGUAUGGCGCUGGACGAAUAUCAGAUGCGCUGA